AUGUCUGCGGGGCGAUUCCUGGUGGCGCUCCUCCUCCUCUCGUGCUGGACGGACGUCUUUGUGCUUUCUGGAGGCGAACAAUCAUUUCCUAAGUGGCCAUGCUCGACGCUCCGAUCCCACAGGUGCCUGCCGGCCAUCGGCUCCUUGCGAGGGGGAAAGUCGGACGGCAUCGUUCAAAACAGGACAGGGGCUGAGCCGUUUCAUCAUCGAGGCGGGAAGGGAGCGAGCUGGGCAACAAGACAGGCAGCAGGGCAGGAGAAUCAUUUGGAUGGCGUGAACCUGAAGCCUUCCUUCUCUCUCCUGGGCCAUUCCUUGCAGAAUGGAAUGCACACUGCUGAGCUCGGGCUCAACGCUCCCAACAUCUCCGUCAAGGGUUUCUUGCAGGAGAUGAAGAACUUUCAAGUCAGCCUUGACAACUCGAGCCCGGACGCUGAGAACUUGAUAGGCGUCAUCGAGCUUAGCAAGUAUCUCGGAGCUGGAGGGUCGGCUGCAGACGCUGCCCCUCUUCCUGGCCUGUACGAGGCAAAGAAGGGAGUGAAGGUCCGGCUGAGCUUCAAGAUCUGGUACCUGUCAGACUUUGGGGAGACCCUCUGGAUCUCUGGGAAUCAUCCGGCCUUGGGGAGUUGGAUCCCGCAGAAUGGGCUGCAGCUGAAGACAACAGCCUCUCUGUUCCCUAACUGGCUCGGCACCGUGGAGGUCGUGUUGGACGACGUCAAUCCGAUCUUCUACAAGUAUGUGGCGAUCUCGCGCGAUGGGUCCAGGCUCAAGUGGGAAGAGAAGGUCAUCGACAGGAAACUUCCGCAUCAGCUUUAUCGGAAUAUUCAGGAUGCAGUCGAGAACUCGAAGAACGACGUCAUCGAGUUUGUCUGCGAAGACGGGAAGUUCAACCUGCAGGAGAAGGAGGUUUCGAGCACACUUCCCCUUCAUGGGCACAAGACGGCGGAGGAGACUGUCCGGAGUGAGAAAGUGAGCAAUCCCCCACGAGCGACGCGGAAACAGCAGGAGUCGAGCGAGGAGGAGGAGGAGGCGAAGCACCUGGUUACCUUCCAGGUGACGGUCAACACUAACUACGGCGAGGAGGUCUUCGUCUGCGGCAGCGACCCUGCCCUGGGCUCCUGGAUCCCUUCAAUGGGCAUCCAACUGACCACUACCAAGGACACCUACCCGACGUGGACCGGUCGGGCCCGGCUGCGCAGCGCGAGCGAAGGGAAGGCACUGUACAAGUACGUGAUCAAGGUGUCUGGUGACGUGUACAAGUGGGAGGACAGGAUCCCAGACCGUGAGCUCGUGCUGGAGGGGUCGGACACCUUCAUCAACGACGGUCGGUUCAACCAGGUCCAGAGGCAAGUCACCUACGUCCGCAUGCCCGAGGAAGCAGCAGCGCCGCAUCCUCCUGUAGGGACGAAGGGGAGGGCGAGUGAGGGAGCGAGGCCGCUGCCCUACUCGCAGUUCUCGACGGCAGGGGAGCUCUCCUCUGCUCUCAAGGUAGUACAGGCCAGGAACUUCGACCUCCUGCAGAAGAGGACGGAGUUGCAGCAGGCGCUGAGGAAGUGCAAUGCCGAGGUGCACCUGAUCAAGGGGAAGAGAAGCUACUCGUCCAAGGACAGCGCGCUGGAAGCGCUGGCGAAGGUGCAGGAGAAGCUGCAGCACCUGGAGGAGGCAAGGAAGGAAGUUCACAAGCAGGCGAAGGAGAGCACCGAGAUGCUGGAGAGAGUCAAGAACCGCGCUUCCCUCUACGAGACUUCAAAGAUGCGAGCUAGGAAAGUCCUCGAGAAGCUUCAAGACAGGAAGAGGGAACUCGAAGGGCGUCUCGCAGAGCUGAGGGCGGAGCUGCAAAGCGCGCAGGAGGUUGCGAGCCACACGCAGGAAACGAUGAGCAGAAGACUUGAGCAGGGGUCGCGCCUCGUGAAGACACUCAAGGAGCAGCUGGAUGAGCUGAAGAAGAGGCAGGAGGAGUACGAGGAGGGCCUCCGGCGGGCGGAGGAAGAGCAGGCGAUGAUGAAGGCGAGGGAGAGGAGCCUGCAGGAUCGUCUGCUCGCCAUACACCAGGAAGGGAUCAUGAAGGAGAAAGAGACCGAGAAGCUCCUCCUGCACCUCCACGACAUGCAGCAGGAGACUCGCAAGGAGCAAGAAAGUGAGCUGAGCGCGGCGCAAGCAGCCCGCACGGGCCUAGUGGAGUGUCUUCGGUUCAAGGAGAAGGAGCUGGAGAGGAUGCGAGCCCAGCGAGAUCCUCUCCACAACGCCGUGAAGGACAUGGAGAAGGCAGGGGAGGAAACAUCGAAGAGCUUGAAGAAGCUGGAGGGAGAGUACGAGAGGAGCAAGAAGAAAGUCAUCGCGAUGAAGAACUCGAUGGCUGGGCUGCAUGCCUCCUCCAUCAUGAACGAUCUCAAGCAGAAGCUGGACGGCAUAGCAGCGAAGAAGGCCUCCUUCCACAGGAACCGCCAGACGGGCAUGAAGGAGAGGAUCUUGGAGAUGGAGGCGAGGAUGAGGAAGUGCGUGCAGAAGUACCAGAACAUUUCGUUCCACAACCAGCUCUCCCUCUCCCUCGUGUCGCUCCUCACCCGCACGAGGGACGAACUGUACAACUCAACAAGCAAGCUGCCGGAGGGCAGCUGGGCUCCUCUACUCUCCCAGCUGGAGCAACUGGAGGCGUUGGAGGAGAAGAUCACCAACUCCCUACACCUCCUCUCUGUAAAUAAUGUAAAUAUGACGCGCGAAGUGCAGGAAGGGAAGCAAUCGUUGGAAGAGCUAGAGGAGCAGGUCGCCUCGAGCCUCCGAGAGUUGGAGAAGAUCAAGAAGGAGAGGAAGGAGAAGCAGGGUGAAGUCCACGAUCAACAGCAUCGCCAGGACUCCCUCAACAAGACGCUCGGGGUGUUGAGAAGGGAGGAGCUGGAAGUUGAUGGGAAGAUCAAGGCUGCGAAUCAGAGCAUGGAGAACCUCCUCGAAGUCUGCGACAGGGAGGUGACGCGGAACAAGGAUCUGUCCGAGCUCUUCAGCUCGGGCCUGAAGCCGACGGAGGAGGAGAAGGAGUCACUUGAGACGUACGUCCAGCAGCUACGGGAUCAGAGGGACUUGCUGGAAGAGGACCUCGAGCGAGAGCUGUACAUCAACGCCAUGCAGGUUGAGGCGAAGAAGAACUUGACCGAGCUGAACGAGAGGGUCAUCGCAAGCCUCCUCCCCACCCUCAGCCGCUUGGAAGAGGAUGCGCAGGAGCUGAGGGAACACAAGGCCAAGUUCACGUCUGAGCAGGCGGCAAUGAUCAAAAAGAUUCUGCACUCAAGAGAGGAGCUCAGAAAAAGGACAGCACAGAUCCAGUGCGUCAAGUUUGACAGGUUCAUAUGUGAGGAGAAGCACGAAGCGACCAAGAGGACAGAGGAGGAGCACAACAAGACCUACGUCCAGAGCAACACCCUCCUCCUCCAGCUGAGGACGGCACUGCUAGCCGAGCGAGACGUGCUUAAGAUCUCGAGGGAGGAACUGGCGGACGAGCUUGCACGGACUUCGGAGCUUGAAGCUCGCUGCCAGGAAGUGGAGAAAGAUCUGAGGAAGCAGGAGGCGUACAUGAGGAAGGUGGAGGCAGAAAAGCAGGAGCUGCUCCAGAAGAUCGAGCGUCUAGACUUCCAGUCCCUGCUCGAUGAGGCAGACCAGCUGCGAUCCAGAGUGGAGGACGAGGAGGAGGGAAUCCGACUGCUCCAGCUUGACAUUGGAACUGCCAAGGAAGAGCUGGAGCAGCUUGCGGCAGAGAGGCAGAACAUCACAGAGAGUUUCAUCCCUCUGUCCCGAGAGCGUCAGAGCAAAGUGGAGCAGCGCAUGCUGCUGUUGCAAGAUCUGAGCCGGCGAAACGCGUCUUUGCGAGAGAUUCAAGAUCGUGUCGAAGCAAAGAAGGCGGUUGUCGAUGGCCUGCAUGCAAAGCACAAUAGCAGCAUGGAGGAGAUGAGGAGGAUGGAGAAGGUUUCGGUCUCCAUCCAGGAAGAAGUCCUCCUCCUGCGCAAGCAAGUGAAGCAGCUAAACUCGGAGAUCAACGACUCCCCUUGCCCCGACACGUCCUCGAUGAAGGGAGAGGCGAAUCGUACAGACAUCGUUCACGUCCUGUCGAGAGGGCAGGAUUUAUGGUCCGACGCAGCUUGGGAGAAAGGAGAAGAGAAUCUUGUCAGUAUGGACAUGCAAGUAUGA